AGCGUACGGCUCAGACACUUCCAUCUUUGAAUGGGCUGCAGUUGUCUUCCCAAAAUAGCCUUCACUCCGCGGCCUUAUAUGAGCAGGCCUUCGGCGUGUGCCUGAGGGGGCAUCAUGUAUCUAGGCCACACAAUGCAGGCUGUGGGCUCAUUGUUGCUGCCUACCAGCAGGCCCGUCGCUGCCCCAGGGACCGGGCCUCCCUGAAUGCCCCGGGACACUUCAACCAUGCGUCUGACCGAGCUCAACCGGGAGUGCCUCCUGCACCUUUUCUCCUUCCUGGACAAGAACAGUCGAAGGAGUUUGUCUCUGACUUGUCAGCGGUUGCGUGAGGUGUUCCUGGACCCCUGCCUCUGGAAUCUACUCCACUUCAGCUCGCCUUGUGAGCUUAGAAAGGACAACUUCGUGCUUGGAGCCUCUCUGCGUUACUUGACUGUUUGCUGGUACUCCAGCAGGGUCCUGCAGGUGUGCAACAUCGAGGACUGGUUGAAGAGCUCUUUUCAGAAGGACAUCUGCAGCAGGCAUGAGAGGCUCGUGAGCGCCUUCCUGGCCCGUGUCUGCCACAUGUGUCCCAACCUGCUCACACUCACCCUGUCUGGCUGCGCACACAUCACCGACCAGGACGUGAUCUCUGUGCUGCAGAGGUGCAAGAAGCUGCGCAGGCUCCACAUAGAGAACUGUGUUCGCAUCACAGACGGCUGCCUGCGGGGUGUGGCGGCCCACGCAGACAGUCUGGAGGAGGUAAAGGUAGACUUCUGCAGGAAUAUCACUCAGGCAGGGCUGCAACGCUGUCAGGAGACGAGGCCGGCCCUGCGCCUGAGCGCGGAGAGAAGCGCCCACAUGAUCCCCGACAGCCAACCAGAGGAGAAGGCGCAUCUCAGGAGGACUCUGCAGAAGGUCCUGCAGUUCUCCUGAGACUGGAUUUGAUCAUUGGUUUAUAUGGAUUGGAUGUGUUUUAUAAGAAACAAAAAAUUCCAGUGAGGCAGUAACAACUUUUUUGUACAGCACACACAAAAUAUUAGCUUUUUUUGCAACUUCUCCAAGUCUUAUCUCCACAUGUGGCCUUUUCACUGAUUCUUAACCAAACAACGCAUGGAACAAUUCAAUACUUUGAUUCCUAAACCAACCAGUUGCUGUUUUAUCUUCUGUUCGUAGGUUGCCUAAAAACAUUACUCUUACAUUUCCAUGACGAUAGCACCACUAUCUUGUUAGCAUAGCUAAUCACAAAACCAGCAAGGUGAAGACCCAGGUAGUUUGACUUCCUUCCAAAGAUGAAAAGGGAACAAAUUAUAAUUAUGAAUAUCACUUAAACUCACAGAUGAAUGUUUUUAUGUUCGUUAUCUUUGUACCGAAGCAUGGAUCAGGGACCAGCUAUUUACUUAUUUGAUGGACAAACCACUGAAGACUGUUUCUGAUGUACACAGAUAAUUUGAUAUGUUACUAAAUCAAGUGCAGAAAACAAUGAUUUAGCUCUGUAUCACACUCGUGUGAACGUAACUGUUUGUAAUGUUGAUGUUGUCUUAAGCAUUAAAGUGAAUGUACUGCGUUGGCCCUUUGACCCUUGGAGCACAGUACUUUUCAGAAGCUAAAAAGGUAACCUUUUCUACAUUCUUCUUUUUUUUUUUACAGUGUGUUUAAUAGAUAUGAAUGGUGUGGGAAAUAUAGUGCAGACUUGAAUGUUAUGUUUUAUGUUAUUGCAGAAGACAUAAACACCAUAUGUUUUGUAUUUUGUGUUGUCAGAUUCUGAUUAUUUCUUAUACAUCCAUUUCUGCAUUUCACAUACCAAAAAGUUGUGAUGUUUUGAGGUUUUUAAUGUCUUUUUUGUUUUGUUUGUUGGGGUGCUUGUUUUGUUGUAUUUGAAUGAAUUUUGUCCUGUUUUCUAUUUUCUAACUUUUCCCAGUCUUUUCAUUUAUGGUUGUAAUAUCCAUGAUUUAAAACCAUGAAAUGA